CCGCUCCUAAAUUCGUAAUUCCCAAAUGAUGGUGAGUUGCAGAAGAGGAUCCCAACUGUAAUCAGAGAGAAAGACAUGGCAUUGAGCGCGACGGUGAGAGGGAGCUCUGAUGGGACUGGGAACCCAGAUGUACUCCAACGCCCUCCGCAAGCUCCCUUACAUGCACCAUCCGUGGGAGCACUUGCUGGGGAUGGGGCUUGGAGCGGUUCUAGCCAACCAUUUCGUCAAAUGGGAGGAUCGGCUGAAGCAAUACCUCGACAAGUUGCUCCUAAAUGCCAAGGAAGCCAAUGAACGCCGCUAUUUCGGUAUUCAAAUUUUCCUCUUUCAUUUUUCGAUUAAUUUCCCGUAUCUUUACCUAGAACUAGAACGUUUCAAUCGCAUAGCUUUCUAACUUGUAUCAAAUGAUAAUACUCCGGAGUAUGGAGCUUUGAAAACAAGAAUAAGAAGGGAAGAAAAAUACCAUGUUGUGAAAUUAUCAAAUGAUUCAAAAAUUAGUCUUGCUGCAAGGAUAGGCUAAUCCCCCAACUGGGAAGUAGGAAAUGAUUUUCUGUCUAUUCCUUAGAACAUCUUCAAUUAUGAAAGGAUUUGCCUUUAAAACUAUAAAGGGCCUAAGGGAAUUCAGCAAACCGUCCUCCUACAGGUUUUAUUGUAGUAGGUUUUCAUGAACUGUAAUGGAUGCCCCUAUGCAAUUGAUAUUUAUCAAUUUUGUGAUGGUAGCUUAGGAGAGUUGAAACUUCUGCUAAUAAUGAUUUCUUAAUUGAUUUCUCACUUUACCGUUCUAAUUUAUGAAGUUGUGUCUGACCAAAAUUACAUUACUUUAAGUGGUAUUUUUGCGGACAAGUACUCCACUGCUAUUAACCCCUUGAAGAACAGGAGGCUGCUUGUUCAGAAAUUUAGGUUUGAGGGAUAUUGGAUAGGGGAGUGGCAAAUGGGGAGCUUUUAGAUUUAGAGAUAAGGCUUUAAAAUUGCUUGUAUCAUGGUUUCUUGUCAGUCAUUUGUAAUCCUUUUUUCUAGCUUCAUCUUUACACCCUGCAGUUGUCACUAAGUU